AUGAGCUCGAACGAAAAACAGCCACCCGUUAACUCUGCUGCACAACUGGGGCAACAGCAACAGUUUCCUCCGCGCCCGCCCGGUUCCCCGUCGAUCCAGACAUCAUCACAAGCGCACCCGCCCAAGCACUUCGACGAGACCCCUCUUCCUGACUACGAUAUUCCAGGACACAAUCCGGGACAUCCUCAAUUUGCACCGCCGCCCGGAACUGUUAACGACGACAUCUACGAAGCCUCGCCGACUGACCAGCAUGCGCCCAAAUGGGGCCUUUACGAACAACACGGGAGCGACGGGGAGGGGAAGAAGAAGUCAAGCAAGCUUUCAGCGUUCGGCGAAGCUUUCACUAGCAAGGUAUCUGGCCCCGUCAAUGCUAUCGCACACAAGUUUGGCUCCGAGGGUUUCCUGCCCGAGUCCCUCGACAAGGAGUGCGAAAAGGCGGCCCGCAUUCUCCGCGGCUUCUGCAAGGAUGGCAUCUAUAGCGACGCAGCUCCACAAGCUCCUCCAACCUCGGAAACCACCAACCCAAGCAAACCACCCCCGUCGCCGUCGAGCAAGCCGAAGAAGUCCCGCGUUCUCCUGACCAUACCCUCCAAAGUCAUCGCCCGCGCUCAAGGCCUCGCUAUCUUCACGGCUGUUCGCGUCGGCUUCCAGGCUACUGGCUCCAGCGGGAGCGGCAUCCUCAUCGCGCGUCUGCCCGACAGCACCUGGUCCCCUCCCUCAGCCAUCCAAAUCACGUCCAUUGGCGCAGGCUUCGUCGCGGGCGUCGACAUUUACGACUGCGUCAUUGUCAUCAACACGCGCGAGGCCCUCAACCUCUUUACCAAAACCCGCCUGAGCCUCGGCUCCGACCUAGCCGUAACUGCAGGCCCGUACGGCGCAGGCGGCGCCCUGGACUGGGGUGUCCCGGGCGCCGGCGACAAAGCCCCGCCGCUCCCGCCUCGGAAAACAGAAGCGGACAUUAACAUAGCGCCCAACCUUUCGGGUGCCACCGGAUCAACACCAGCUCCCCAGCCGCCGCUCUCAGCGGACAACACGCACUUCAUAUCCCCGCCUGUCCCAGAAAACCAGCAGGGCAUGAGUUCUGGUUCGGAAGAUGACGGCAAGCCCACCCAGGAUGGCAAGCCCAGCAUCCGGGACAACCUCAAGAGACAGAAGAGCUUGAAGCCCGUAUACAGCUACGUCAAGUCGCGCGGCCUGUUCGCCGGCGUCCAGAUCGACGGGACAGUGAUUGCCGUGCGGAACCGGGACAACGCCAAGUUUUAUGGCCAGUCUGUAUCCGUAGAGAAGAUACUCAAGGGGGAGGUUCCUGCUCAGGGGACAGGCGGUAUGUGGCCUGCGGCUGCAAGGGGGCUGUUUGAGGUGUUGAAGGGCGCUGAGGGGUGGAUCGGACAGCAGCAACCGGGGCAGCAGCCACAACUGCCCCAACAGCAACAGCAGCAGCAGCAGCUUGGAGGAAGCGGUAUUCCCGCGUUUGGUGCUCCCACCGGGACCGGUGGCGCACCGACUUCUGCGUGGGUUGCUCCCCCACCCCCGGUCACCACUAGCCAAGGGAUUCCGGGCGUCACCGUGGGGUUGCGAAACCCAAGCGUUGGUGUUGGGCCCAGCAUUGCAGUCACCGCGCCUCCCGGUGCCACAUCGCCAGCAACGUCGGCCGUGUCUGCAAAGGCUGCGGAGGCGGCAGCUGAAGCGGCGCAUGCGGACCCUGUGCCUCCGCCCCCGCCCACGUACUCGGAAUUGCAGGGAGGCGAGGAUCUGCCGCCUGCGUAUGUGGAGAACGAGCGGUAUCGUCCUGCUGGUGCUGGGGAUAGUAAGACCGGACAGCACUAG